UAACAUGAGUUUCUUGUUUUGCUCAAACAGGCUGAUGAAUCCGGAUUUGUGGCUGACUGGUCUGCAGACUUCGGUUCAGUGCCAGCAAAUGAAGAUGAUGCUUCAGCUGCAGUCCCAGCUGCUUCAGGAACUGUGGAUGAAAUGCCAGAAGGAGAGCGGUUCAGUGUUCAGGGAGAAGCUCAGUGCUGGCCGAAGCCCGAAGGCUCACUACCAGAUGGAGACUUAACUACUGUCCAGGACAGUGAGUCCAGAGCUAAGGAAGAUGAGGAUGCUGCUGCUUCAUCAUUCUUUACAGAUUUUGAUAACAUGAAUGAAGCUCAGACUGACUCAACAGAAGCAACACAGAAGGAAGAAGCUGAUGAGCAGAGUGCAGCUUCAGUUCCCACUGCUGCAGCGGAACAAGAUGUGAGUCCGCCUCUUCCUGCUGCCAAAGACACCCAGCAUCAGCCUAUGGAGGCUGAAAUGGGUGAAGCUGCAGCUCCCCCUGCUGGAGAGGUCAGGGAAGACCGACCCCCGCCUGCUGAAGAUGAAAAAGAAAAAGCUUCAGACAAUUUGCAUGAAAAGAAAGUAGCUACUGAAGCUGAGAGUCCAGAGAAGGCCCAGCCUGCAGAGGUUCCUCAGGCUGAUGAGGAGGAUCCACAUGCAGGAGAAACGGCUCCGUCGGAGAAGAUGCCCAUUCCUUCUGUUGUGAUUGAACCUGCCUCCAGUAAUGAAGGGGACGAUGACCGCGAUGCUGACAUCAUAUCGCCGUCAGCGGUCAGUGACGAUGGCGUGACACAUCCAAGCCAUGUUCUUAAACACAUGACUCCUUCAGGGGGGGCCUCAGGAUUCCCUGAUGAUUUUCUUUAUAAGGUGGAGACUAUGCACGACUUUGAGGCUGCAAAUUCAGACGAGCUUGAACUGAAGAGAGGAGAUGUGGUUUUGGUUGUUCCUACUGCUUCGGUUGAAGAUCAAGAAGCUGGUUGGCUCACAGGGAUGAAGGAAACCGACUGGUUAAGUCUGGGAGUGGGCGCACCGAGAGGAUUGUUUCCUGAAAACUUCACCCAGCGUUUAGAUUAACGGCGUUAGAAAAGUCCACCUAUCCAGCAUGUGUGCAAGCCGCCACAUCAGCAUGAAGCUGGUUCGCUUCGUACCAAACCAACCUGGGCGCUGAUAUGGUGGACAGCUGCUAAAACUAAACCUGUUUUUCCACAGUUUUUCCUUAUUGGCAUGAAGUUAAUCUGUUGAACCCUCCCCUCAAAAACAUCACCUUGUUUUAAUACCCACUUU